GGGGGAGAAAGGUCAAAGCACAAUUUAUACCUCUAUUAUACCUCUUCCAUGCAGCUUUUGCUCUAAUUGGCUGGAAGUGGAUCACGUGUGGUUGGUCCCAGAGGAUUUGGAUUUGCGAUCUCGCAUCCAACUUCAUAGAUAACAUCCUCUUGGGUCAUCAUAAGCUUACCUCUGAGUAUCCGACGACCAAGUUUGAAUCUUUCAACACGAUGAAGUUCGCAAAUUUGCAAAUGUCUGUCUCGUGCCUUGCCACCUUGGCACUAGGCAACAUUAAUCCUAGGUUCACCACAUGCCGCUCUGGUUUACGGGCAUCGUCACAGCAAUAUCUAUCGUUGAAAGACGCUACCAUCGACGAGCUUGGGGCAGGUCUUGACAGCGGACAAUUUACUAGCGUCGAUCUAGUCAAGGCAUAUCUAGAUAGAAUAGGGGAAGUGAACGAUGUUCUACAUGCCGUCACUGAGACCAACCCAGAUGCUCUGGCUCUGGCGACCGAAUUAGAUGCGGAACGUUCAGCUGGAUUUACUCGAGGGCCGCUCCAUGGAAUCCCCAUUCUUAUCAAGAAUAACAUCGCUACCGAUGAUAAGUUAAACACGACCGCCGGUUCAUAUUCUCUUCUUGGUGCGAGAGUCCCUAGAGAUUCAGCAAUCGCGAACAAACUCCGAAGUGCUGGAGCCAUCAUUCUCGGAAAGGCCAAUCUUAGCCAGUGGGCAAAUUUUCGAUCUAAUAAUUCUACGAAUGGCUGGUCGGCCUUGGGAGGUCAAGUUUAUGGCCCCUACUACCCUAAUCAGGACCCCUCCGGAAGUUCUAGCGGAAGUGCAGUAUCUUCUACACUCGGUUUAGCAUCAGGAACCUUAGGGUCAGAGACCGACGGUUCAAUUAUUUCCCCAUCAUCAAAGAAUAAUAACGUCGGGAUAAAGCCAACUGUUGGGUUGACAUCUCGAAAUUUGGUUAUCCCCAUUAGUGAGCAUCAAGAUACCGUUGGUCCGAUAGCAAGAACCGUUAAGGAUGCUGCGAUUAUUCUGCAAGCAAUCGCUGGAGUUGAUCCAUAUGAUAAUUACACAUCUGCCAUCCCCGAUAAUGGAACUAUUCCGGACUAUGUUGCUGCUUGUCAAUUAUCAGCUCUUUCAGGGGCUCGGAUUGGUGUCGCUCGCAACGCGAUAGAGCUUCUUUCAAGCAGCAUUUCCAGUGCUCAGGUUACUGCUUUUGAAGAGGCGAUUUCAGUUCUUGAAGCCGCAGGAGCUACUAUAGUUGAUAAUACUAAUUUUACAGCAGCUGCGGAAUUCCUAAACUCGACAGUGGAAAUGCAAGUUUUACAAGCCGAUUUUCUUGUCAAUUUGGCAAGUUAUUUGGAGUUACUGACCGAGAAUCCCAAUAAUGUCACGUCUCUCGCAGGAGUGCGAGACUUUACGCAGUCUUUUCCCGCCGAGGAAUACCCAGCCAGAGACACGGCGGUUUGGGAUGAUACUAUAUUCAAACAGGGUUGGAAUAACACAGACCCUAGAUUUUGGCCCGCCUACCAGCAAAAUCUUUACUAUGGUGGUGAGGGUGGUCUUCUAGGGGCUAUCGAGCGGAAUAAUCUCGAUGCAGUGAUCUUACCAUCGGAUCAGUCCCCUACUUUUGCUGCAGGUGUUGGAGCGCCAAUUGUCACGGUACCAUUGGGAUUUUCUCCUGCCAAUAUGACUGUUGUGAAGAAUUCGUGGGGGCUUGUCACUGACGGUCCAAACAUACCGUUCGGUCUUAGUUUCAUGGGAGCUAAAUUCACCGAGGCGAAAUUAAUUGGUUUUGCCUACGCUUUCGAGCAGAGGACAAAUAUUAGGGAUCAACAACAGCCGUACAUUGUUCCGAGCACAGAGCUUAUUGACGUAGUUGGUCAGUAGAUGUACUCAGGCAACUAUUGAUGAACUCUCCAGAUAUCUAAAUAUAGACCCAUGCACGGGUCAGAGCUAGUAAUAUGCUCUAAGUUACAAUCGUAGCUUUGAGAUCGCCGGAUGGCCCCGACUCAAUAAGGUUGUUGCCGGCCUGUCAACUUAGUCUGUUCAACGUGAUUAGUUGAAGUUGAAGUAGCGUUGAACGACACGGCCGUUCUUGGCGCCUCAUUCUUAACGCUUUGAUAUCGCGGG